CACUUGCGAACGAUACAUAACUAAUCCAAACGCACUGUAUCCCUUGCAACAAACACACACACAAACAAAGCUCACUCAUUCAGUCUCUCAUAGCGUUCGUGCAGGACUAUGCAGAAAUGGCUGUCGGAGAGAGUGUGCCUGUACGAGCAAGGUUUUGACGCUGGCAAUGUCAUCACUGUGAAGUAAUACUACAAGAUAAUAAAUCGAUGCCAGCAAGGUGCAAGUAGGCACAAUCAUGUCCAGAAGCAAGAGCUCAGAGUCCGUGAAAGUUGUGGUGCGGUGUCGCCCCAUGAAUGAAAAAGAGCGUGCUUCAAACUUUGAGAGAGUGGUCUCUAUGGAUGUAAAGCUUGGCCAGAUUGUAGUACGUAAUCCGAGAAGUGGGUUCACUCAUGAACACCCCAAAGUUUUCACUUUUGACUCGGUCUACGACUGGAACUCGAAGCAGGUUGACCUCUAUGAUGAGACAUUCAGGCCAUUGGUGGACUCCGUAUUGCUGGGCUUCAAUGGCACGAUCUUUGCUUAUGGACAGACAGGUACAGGGAAGACGUACACAAUGGAAGGGGUACGCAAUGACCCAGAAAAAAGAGGAGUCAUUCCCAACUCCUUUGAGCACAUUUUCACACAUAUCUCAAGAUCACAGAACCAGCAGUAUCUGGUCAGGGCAUCUUACCUGGAGAUCUACCAAGAAGAGAUCAGGGACCUGUUAGCCAAGGACCAGUCUCGUCGCCUGGAGCUGAAAGAGAGACCUGACACAGGUGUUUAUGUCAAAGACCUUUCUUCAUUUGUCACUAAAAGUGUCAGGGAGAUUGAGCAUGUUAUGAAUGUUGGGAACCAGAACCGUUCAGUUGGCUCAACCAACAUGAAUGAGCAUAGUUCCCGUUCCCAUGCCAUAUUUGUUAUCACUAUUGAGUGCAGUGAGUUGGGUCCAGAUGGGGAGAACCACAUCCGUGUUGGGAAACUCAAUUUGGUUGACCUGGCAGGAAGUGAAAGGCAGACAAAAACAGGUGCGCAAGGAGAACGACUAAAGGAGGCCACCAAAAUCAACCUCUCCCUGUCUGCUUUGGGUAAUGUCAUUUCUGCAUUAGUGGAUGGAAAAAGUACUCACAUUCCAUACCGAGAUUCCAAGCUCACACGUCUGCUUCAGGAUUCUCUGGGAGGUAACGCCCGAACUGUCAUGGUGGCCAACAUUGGACCAGCCUCCUACAAUGUAGAGGAGACUCUUACUACGCUACGCUACUCGAACCGUGCCAAAAACAUCAAGAACAAACCCCGCAUCAACGAGGACCCCAAGGAUGCCCUUCUACGAGAAUUUCAGGAGGAAAUCGCUCGUCUGAAGCAGCAGUUAGAGAAACGAUCAGGGAAAAAGAAGAAGAAAAGGCGGAAGAGGAGGGUUGGGGAGGCAGGAGAGCAACUGGAUGAUGAUGUGGAAGAUGAAGAUGAUGAGGAGGAGGAGGAGGAAGGGGCAGAUGGGGAUAAGAACAUAGCUGAUUAUUGGCGGGAGCAGCAGGAAAACCUGGAGAAGGAGAAGAAAGCCAUCAUGGAGGACCACAGCCUGGUGGCAGAGGAGAAACAGCGACUGCUCAUGGAGAAGGAGAAGAAGAUGAAUGAUUUACAUCGGGAAAAAGAGGCAUCUGAGAUGUUGGCAGCCAAAGUCAAGGCUAUGGAGAGCAAGCUAUUGGUUGGAGGGAAGAACAUUGUUGACCACACUAAUGAGCAGCAGAGAAUUCUGGAUCAGAAAAGGCAGGAAAUUGCUGAACAGAAAAGGCGUGAACGGGAGAUGCAGCAAGAGGUGGAGUGUCGUGAUGAAGAGACUCUUGAGCUGAAGGAGACAUACAGCUCACUGCAACAGGAAGUUGAUAUAAAGACCAAGAAAUUGAAAAAGCUCUUUGCCAAGCUACAAGCAGUGAAGGCAGAGAUCCAUGAUGUCCAGGAGGAGCAUAUUAAAGAGAGACAGGAGCUGGAGCAGACACAGAACGAAUUGACCAGAGAACUCAAACUAAAGCAUUUGAUCAUCGAGAACUUCAUUCCGUUGGAGGAGAAGAAUAAGAUCAUUUCGAGGGCCACCUUUGAUGAGGAGGAUGACAUUUGGAAAAUGAAACCCAUUACCCGUGUUCAAGAUGAUCAGCAGAUGAUGACAAGACCAGUGUCUGCAGUGGGAUUCAGGAGGCCGCUGAGUCAACAUGCACGCAUGGCCAUGAUGAUGCGCCCUGAUCCUCGAUAUAGGGCUGAGAAUAUCCUGAUGCUGGAGCUUGACUUGCCCACACGCACCACUAAAGAGUACGAGGAACCUAUGAUUGCGCCAAAGGUGGCUGCAGCUUUAGAAGACGCACUGAGAGAGGAAGAUGACAUUCAAGUGGAUGCUUCAGCUUUGGGCCAUGGUGGAUUCAACAAGAAACCAAAAACAAGAUCAAGCAGUUCAACAGUUGGAACAUCUACUGAAUGCCACUAGAGGGUGUCAAUAGGCAUUUUUGUUUCAUUUUCAAUGGCUGUUAUGUUGUCCAUCAUAUACAGUGCACUCCACUAAUAUUCGCACCCUUGGUAAAUAUGUGAAAAAUUAUCUUUGUUGUUUAAGCUUUUGAUCAUUUGUUAAUAAAUUCACAAAAAUACAUUGCUGUCAUGGAUAACCAACAGGGACGUGCAGAAGGGGGGCUCUGGGGGCUUGAGCCCCUGCCCUUUUUCUGAAUUAUUUAAAAGGGACCCUCUCAACAUUAAUUAAUAAACAAUUAUAUUUUGUAAAAAGCAUUUGAAUUAAAAUUAACACGAGAGCAUGCACAAAACAGCAAAUUAAUCACCAAAGCCAGAGACUUGUCCUGUUUAUUUGUCUGACUCGAGUCUGCAGUCAGAUAGUCUUGCUGUCAUGACUCAAUCGUGAUGCAUCUCGCUUCAACAGGCAGACAGGUAUGCUGAGACCAUUAGCUCUUCUGCUAACCUUUAGCAGCAUUUUAUAUGUUUAUCGCUAGUAGGUUUUUCAAAUUGAUUGAGAGGGAAUGUGUUGGGAAGUACUAGCUACUCAAGUUUUACAUUUACAGACAUGCAAAUAACCUUGUUAUAUGUAAGUUACUGUAAUUUUUGGACUAUUGAGCGCACCUGAAUAUAAGCCGCACCCACUAACUUUAAAAAGAAAAAAAAAUUUGUACAUAUAUAGGCCGCACUUGUCUAUAAGCCGCAGGUGUCCACGUUGUAACAUGAGAUAUUUACACAGAAAGAUGUUACACAGAAAUAUUUUUAAAACUUUUAAUUAAAUACCUACCGUAAAUGCUUUUUUCCCCAAACAGUGCCUGUAACAUGGCUGGUUAAAAAAAAAAAAAAAAUACAGUUGCCUACCAGGAAAAGUCAUUGAUCGCUAUCUUCAUCUUCCUCCUGUGCACUAAAACCACUAAAGUCAUCUUCAGUGUCGGAAUUGAACAGCCUCAGAAUUACUGGUACUUCGUCACACACUUCCUCAGUCUCUCUUUCGUUGUCGCUCUCAAUGUCACUUACGUCUCGAGGCAAAUUCGCCCUUGAGCUUGUGCUGUCCUCUUCAUCACGCAGUAGUCCAGCCUUUCGAAACCCAUUGGUGGUAGUAGAUUUUUUGACACUGCUCCACGCUGUUAGGAUCCACUGGCAGACUUGAGCAAAAGUUGCUCUUCGCAUGCUAUUUCCUUCUUCGACAGCCAGAUCGAUCGCCUUUAACUUGAAAGCUGCAUCAUAUUCAUUUCUUUGUGCGUUUUCCACGAUGAGGGUGUGUGCAUGAGGCGCAAAAUGACUGAUCUGAAGAAUUUAGUGUGAGUGCGUUUGAUUUAAUUCGAACAGUUUCAUUGGUCCACUGUGACCUGUUCGGUAAUUUCAUUGGUCCGAUGUGAUGAGGCUAAAUGUUUUGGCGGCAUGAAGCUUGUUAGCCCGUAAAAAUCCAUAAAUUAGCCGGAUCAUUGUUUAAGCCGCAGUGUUCAAAGCGUGUGAAAAAAAGUAGCGGCUUAUAAUCUGGUAAUUAUGGUAUGUAGUCAGUAAAGGCACGAUGUCUUAGAGAAACUGAAGAAGGUGGCAGCAAAAGGGACAGCUUCAUUAUCGACAUGGGUGAAAAAAGGUGAGCUAAUAUGAGACAGAUAGCUGCAAAAAAGGCAUCAUAUAUUUACAAAGAGAGGCUUGCUGUGAUAGUUGGUGUUACCGGUGUUCUGUUCAGUCAUACACCAAUUACCCUUUUUACCUUCUCCGCUGCCAUUUUGUUGUUUGUUCUAUGAACAUAAAAAUAAAAUACCAUUUAGGUUAUAUUAGUAGAGUCAUUCACAUAUGCAGUAUUGUGACCACACACGUUUACAAUUUACAAUGUCUAUCAGGGUGAUAAGUAUAUGUAGUUAAAUUAAAGUUAGUAAAGUAGUCAGAUUAGCUCAUUGGUGAUAUAGCCUUUUUUUUUUUUUUUUUUUUUUUUUUUUUUUUUUUUUUUUUUUACAUUUGAGCCCCUGCCCUUAGAAACUCUCUGCAUAUCCCUGAUAACAAACAAUUGCAAAUAAAACACAACACUUAUUGGCACCCUUUUAGUCAAUAUUUUGUGCUACCUCCCUUUGGCUAGAUAAAAGCUCUGUCUUCUUCUCAGCCUUCCUUGAGCAAGGCCUUUAACUCUCUCAGCUUCAAGGGGUGCCGUAUCGUCUGACCCCAACUUCCUAACAAGCUGGGAUAUGCAAAGGGGACUGGGAUGGCCAUAGCAGGACCUUGAUUUUGUGGUCAGUAAACCAUUUUUUUGUUUUUUUUCUGUCUUUAUUUAUUCAUUUUCAUGUGAUUCAUUUACUAAUUUGCUUCUCUUUAAAUCCAGGUUUAUACCGUGAUAUUACAAAGGUCUUUCCAGAUUAUUACUUGCUACACUGUAUGAGAUAACCCCAGUUAAAUUGCCUGAAUUCUGUAAUAUAAUUUGUUCACCAUGUUGGGUUUAAAUCCUCUAAAAACAGAUUCGCAAUUAAAUAACAUUACAUCCUUCAAAGCAUUGGCAUGUUCUGCUUACUCUCACAAUCCUCCAAACACCCACACACCCAGAGUCUCCACAAACAAAUGAGACAGCAGUGUAUCCUACAAAAACCGAACGUUGUCCACAAUGUGAAAACAACUCGGAGAGUAAGCUGAACUAACCAACAAUAUUACCAAGUCUGAUAAACAGUCUGCACACAAUAAUAAAUAUAAUGUCCGUACCUUUUAAAGACUUGUAACAAAUAAUAUAACAGUGAAGCAUGUAAAGCCGAGGAGAUAACACUAAUAAAAUUAAAUAAACAGAAACUCUAACCCGGUCAGAGCAUCAAGACAGAGAAGCACAUUAAUACAGAAGUAAAUUUUAAGAGGAGUAAGUCCACAAAAUCUAGGUGGAGUAAUGCAACGACAAUAUCUUAAAUAAAAAUCAGAAUUCUAUAGAGCUGGAAGGCCGAGUGCAAAAAAAAAUAAUAAUAGAAGAGCGAAAAAGACUCUGCUGUGUAGGUGAUGCAGUUCACCCCGAUAUCAAGAGUUUAACAUAGUCUCCUGCUUCCUCCGCUGAAAUAAAGUCCUUCUGAACACUGUUAUAUGCAAUGCGAAGCCGAGCUGGGUGAGCGAGCGCCCUCAAUAUCACAAAGUUGACGCCGAACCUCAUUAAAUGCGGCCUGGGCCCGGGCUGUCUUGGCUGUGUAGUCAGGGAAAACGGAGAUGGUCAAAUCCCUCACUUUUAAUCCGCUGGAUCUCUCUCGCACGGCGUAAAAUGUCAGCACAGUCACUGUGAUAGUGGAAUCUGCACACAAUAGCUCGUGGUCUUUCAUCAGGCUUGGGCUUCAGCUGAAGGGUCCGGUGGGACCGCUCCAAAACCGGCUCCUUCUCCAGACCAAACGCCUCUUUUAACAAGGCCGCUACAGCAGCAGUUGUACAUGUGUCAGCGCCCUCUGGAAUUCCGACUAUCCUAACGUUAUUGCGCCGUGACCUUGACUCCAAAUCCUCACAUUUAUUCUCUAACUGAGUCACGGUCGCAGUGAGAGACUCGAUAAUAGUCUUCAUAUGAACUAUGUCAUCGAUGCAACCGGAGAGCGCGUGCUCCAUUUCCCCAACAGUACCUUUCAGUGUUGAUAUGGUAGCUGGCUGGUGAUCAAGUUGCUACCGAUGCUGUGUUUUUACGGCCUGCAGGUCAAGUUGGAUAGUAGACAGCGCACCCCCGAGAGUCUCCUGGAGCUUCUGGAGCUCCUUUUUAAAAAUAUCGGCGAUGUCCUUCCUCAGGAAAGCCAGCAACUCAAGCCUGAGUGCGGCGAAGUCAGGGUCACCGCUCGGCGACGCGGAUACAGGGGGAGAAGGAGGCUUGCUCGCGGCGUGCACACUUGGCCUCAGUCAUGUCUGAAUGCUACCGUGGGUUUUCGUGUUCUUUCCAGACAUUUUAAUGUACCACAAAGUUAAAAUUGCAAACAAGGAAACAGAGUAGAAUAAGUCAAAAUAUAUUGUAUAACCGGAAAGCGCAAAUUAAUUACAAUUUUAAUCGAAAUCAGCAGGAGCCUCCAACUUCGCGUCCUACUCCAUCGAAUUCCGAAUCUCCAGUAAACCAUUUUUGUGUUGAUUUUGAUCUUUUGAUUUUGAUUUUUUGUAUGUUUUGGAUCAUUGUCCUGCUGGAAGAUCCAACCACAGCCCAUUUUAAGCUUUCUGGCAGAGGCAGUCUGAUUUUCAUUUAAUAUCUGUUCAUAUUUGAUCGAGUCCAUGAUGCCAUGUAUCCUAACAAAAUGCCCAGGUCCUCUGGCAGAAAAACAGCCCCAAAACAUUAAAGAGCCACCACCAUAUUUAACCAUGGACAUGAGGUACUUUUCCAUAUGGCUUCCUCUCUCUGUGUGUGCCAAAACUACCUCUGGUGUUUAUUGGCAAAAAGCUCUGUUUUGGUUUCAUCUGACCGUAGAACCCGAUCCCAUUUGAUGUUCCAGUAGUGUCUGGCAAACUGAAGAUGCUUGAGUUCUGUUUUUGGCUGAGAGUAGAGGCUUUUUUCUUGAAACCCUUCCAAACAAUUUGUGGUGAUAUAAGUGACUUCAGAUUGUAGUUUUGGAGACUUUCUAACCUCAAGACGCAACUACCUUCUGCAAUUCUCCAGCUAUGAUCCUUGGAGAUUUUUUGGCCACUUGAACCAUUGUCUUCAUAGUGCGUUGAGACAAUAUACACACAUGUCCAAUUCCAGGUUGAUUCAGAACAUGUCCAGUUGACUGGAGCUUCUUAAUUGUUGCCCUGUUGGUGGAACUGGGCAUUUUCAAUGCUUGUGCUAUUUUCUUAUAGCCACUUCCUAUUUUGUGAUGCUCAACAACCUUUUUCUGCACAUCACAGCUAUAUUACUUGGUCUUACCCAUUGUUAUAAAUGACUAAGGAAAUUUGGCCUAUGUUACCUUAUAUUUAUACCCCUGUGAAAAGGAAGUCAUGGUUGAACAGUUUCCUGUUCCUAGUCACCCAGGUGUUCAAAAUUUAUUUAUAUAUAUUUUUUAAAAAUAUCAUUAGGAAUAUACUUCAAAUAUGUUUUUCUAUAUAUAUAUGAAUUCAUAAGGGUGCCAAUAAUUGUUGCACACCUAUAUUUAACAGAGAUUUUUUUUUAUAAACCUGUUGUGUGCAAUUGUUUGAUAUCCAUGAGAGCAGAAUAUUUGUGUGUGUGGUUUUUUUUUUUAAUGAUUUUUUUUGUUUUAUUUAUUUAUUUUUAAACAAAAGGUUAAACAAUAAAGACAAUUUUUCACAGCC